UUUUAUAUUAUUGUAUAUAGAUAAUAGUAUUAUUAUUAAUACUAUUAUUAUUAGUGUUGGUGUUCUUCUUCUUUAUACUUAUUGAACACAUUAGGUGUACCUUUCCUAUUCUUUCUAUUUCUUCUUCUUCUCUUUCUCUUUUUCCCACCUCUCUCUCUCUCUCUCUCUCUCUCUCUCUCUCUUUCUUUCUUUCCCGCGCGCGUGCCUCACCGUUUUACCGUCAGGCGACCGCAUACGCUCCGACGAGGACGACGUGUCGCCCGUAGUUCUCCGUCGUCGAGUUUAACGCGCCCGCGCUUAUUUCGGUUAUAGUUUUGGUAAAUUUAAAAUAAGAAGAAGAAGAAGAAGAUAAAGAAGAGAAGAGACAACCGGUGCCCUUUAGUGUGGCACGAGACCCCCCCUCAAUUCCUCUUCUCUUACCUUAAACCCCCUCUGCCCCCAAUUGUGGUGAAACAAGAAAACAACGACGUUUUUUUUUUCUCGGUGUGUCUCUUCAUUUUUAAUAUAAAUAUUAUUUAAAAAAAAGGAGAGAGAGUGCAAAGUUAGUUCGAAAUAAUAAAAAAUCGAUCGGUUGUACGUUAUCAUCUAGUUUCCGACGCGUGUUCUUCUUUAAAGGUUGGUUGGGCUGGGUGGGGGUGGGUUUUUUUAUUUUGCCCCCCCUAAGAAGAAGAAGAAGAAGAAGAAGAAUAGUGACAAAGUGCGUUAGUUCGAAUCGAUAAUAUAUAGUUUUGUUUAUUUAAAUGAUAUUUAACGCGAUGUCAACGUUACGUUCAUCGAUCAAAAUUAACAUCAGAAGAAGAAAGAUCUUUCCUAUAAUUAAUUGGACUCUUUAAAGUUACAUUAAAAAGGAUCAUCGUGUUUGGAGAACGAUAUUGGGUUCUUAUUUUUAUUACGAAUUCACCAGUUAUCAUUAAAGUGUAUCCUGGAUUAUCAUUCUACCCUAAACAGAUAAUUAUUAAAUAAAAAGAAGAAAAAUAAAACAAACAAACAUAUAAUUUAAGUGUGAUAUAAUAAAAAUAAAAAUAAAAUAAUAAGAAGGGGGAAAUCAGAUAAAUAAAUCAAAACCCCCUCCCACAAGUCAGAUUAAAAAAAUAUAGUCGCGUUGUUAAUUGUUUUGGGUUGGGGUGGGUUGUAAUAAUAAAUAAGAGUGAAAAUAUAAAAAAAAGACACGUACCUUGAGAGAAGCGAGAGACUCCUCGCGAUCGGCGCGAGUCGAGUCGAUUCGUCUGAGGGCUCGGUGGUGGCGUACGAAGAGGAGGAAGGAGCCGUCAGGGUGGUUCGAGGGGGGACAGGAGGCGCGGACGCCCUGGCGACUGCCGGGGUGGUUUACCCGGCCGCGACGGCGACGUUGUUCCCCGGCCGGGUGCCGGCAGGACACCAUCACCACCAUCACCACCACCACCACACCGAGUUCACCAGCACGUUGGAGCUGGGGUUCCCGGCGCGCGGCACCACCGCCUCAAUGGCGUUGGUAGCCCCGCCGCCCUCAUGGGCAUCGCGGGACCCUGGAAAUAAUCUUGGGACCGGUGGUGGGCCCUCACCGGCUACGGCACCGGCUGCUGCCACGGCCGGCGGCGGCGGACCACUUCAGGUUGGCCCGCCGCCGCCCAUGCCUCCUACAACCCAUUUAACACCAUCGGCUACGCCCGAAGAUAUAACGUGCCUAGUACCAACCGGUGCUGUUUUAACACCUAGAGAUCCAUUACCACCUAGCACGACACCAGGAAGUCAAGCAAACAGUUCACAAUCCGGUAGCUCGCAAACCGAUAAAUCACCUAACAUUGAGUGCGUUGUUUGCGGGGAUAAAAGCAGUGGGAAACAUUACGGACAAUUCACCUGCGAGGGAUGCAAGAGUUUCUUCAAGAGGAGUGUAAGGAGGAAUCUGUCGUACUCGUGUCGAGGAAACAGGACCUGUCCCAUCGACCAACAUCACAGAAAUCAGUGCCAAUUCUGUCGGCUGAAGAAGUGCUUGAAGAUGGGCAUGCGCCGGGAAGGUAUGCAUUCUGUUCAAAGGGGUCGCGUGCCAGCGUCGCAACCAACGUUGCCAGGAUUACCAGGACAAUUCUCAAUGACGAAUGGUGAUGCGAUAUCGUGCGCGGGUAUAAACGGGUCCUACCUAUCGUCGUACAUAGGCAUGUUAUUACGUGCCGAACCGUAUCCGACAACAACGAGAUACGGGCCGUGUGGUCAAGCAAGCAGUAACAUCAUGGGAAUCGAUAGUAUAUGCGAAUUGGCUGCCAGGCUUUUAUUUUCUGCAGUAGAAUGGGCAAGGAAUAUACCAUUUUUCCCAGAACUUCAGGUGACCGAUCAGGUUGCAUUGUUGAGGCUAGUAUGGAGCGAGCUUUUUGUACUUAAUGCAAGCCAAUGUUCGAUGCCGCUUAGCGUGGCGCCACUUUUAGCAGCGGCGGGUUUACACGCGUCCCCCAUGGCGGCAGAUCGCGUGGUAGCAUUCAUGGAUCACAUUAGAAUCUUUCAAGAACAAGUUGAAAAACUAAAGGCCCUACACGUUGACACAGCCGAAUACAGUUGCCUCAAGGCUAUCGUUCUUUUCACGACAGACGCGUGCGGAUUGUCGGACGUUAACCACAUCGAAUCCUUACAAGAAAAAUCUCAGUGCGCCUUAGAAGAAUAUUGUAGGUCACAUUAUCCUAAUCAACCAACGAGGUUCGGCAAAUUGUUAUUAAGAUUACCAUCAUUGAGGACAGUAUCCUCCCAAGUUAUCGAGCAAUUGUUUUUUGUUCGAUUGGUUGGAAAAACACCUAUCGAGACCCUAAUCAGAGAUAUGUUGCUAAGUGGUAGCAGCUUCAAUUGGCCUUACAUGAACCCGAUGUGACACUCUGUUUGGAGGCAACUUGCUUCCGCAUAAUAUCAUCGUCAUCAUCAUCAUCAUCAUCAUCGUCAUCAUCAUCAUCGUCAUCAUCGUCAUCGUUAUCAUCAUUGUCGGCCAAUUUACCUCGACACUUAGCUCGACAAAUGAACAAGGAGGAAAUCCUUCGAGAAUUGUAUCAUUUCAACAACAACAACAAAAUUACAAACAAAAACAAAAAAAGAAAAAGCAACAACAACAACAACAAUAAUCGACGAUUAAAUCGAUUGAUUCCCGAAGAAACUAAUCGUCAAAAAUGAAAUUACACAAAAUCAAAUGAAAUCAAAUGAAAGAACAAUAAAAUCAGGAAGAAGAAAGAAGAACUCUCUUUUUGUUUUUUUUUUUAAUCAAAGAAGAAAAUAUAAAUGAUCAAAUAAACAUUAUUAUUUAAUACUCUCUUUCUCAACACACACAUUCACACAAUACAACAAACACACAUAUAAUUAACACGUACACGUAAUAUAUUACGGAAAAAAAUAACCAAAAACAAAUUCUAAAAUAAAUCGAAUUAA